AUGGCCAAGAGGUUGACAGGUCGUAUGGGUCUCACCAGCUCCUCAUCCUCUCGCUCUUCCCCCGUCAUGGAGUCAUCGCCUGGUCCGUCUUCCGACGAUGCUACUGCUGCUGCCGCCGGUCAACCUUCUCACCACCAUCAUCGCCACGGCCACAAGGCCCACUACGAGAGUCAGAAGCUGCUCGCCCAGCUCAACGACUGGUUGGAGCAUGAGAAGAAGAAGAAGGCUGCCCGCAAGAGCAAGACCUCGCCUCGACGCCGCUCGCCGCAGUCCAAGAGCAAGAAGGAGCGAGCUUCUCCAUCAGAGGCAGCAGACCCUAGCGCGCAGCCCGCUGCUCCUCGGUCACGGUCAGACUCCAUUGACUCUGAUUCCAGCGACGUUUCGUUCGAUAGGCUGCAGAGGAUUAUCGAGGACAGCAUGGCUUCCAUGGGCAUCAACGCGGUUCCUCAAAUGAGUCCCAAGGUCGGCAGGCGCCCCUCUCUUCGCCACAAGAAAUCGCCGUCGCGUAGCAUGCUCCAUAGGACGGCGAGCUCCGACACCGAUUACAUUGGCGAUGACGUUGUGGUACCAACCUGCGACGCAAUUCUCGACAACUCAAAGACUCUCAGCUACAGUGGUGGAGGCAAGAGCACCGAUGACCUGACCCUUGGUGGCCAGGCGGACGAGAAGGAAAAGGCCUGGGAAACGUUCAAGAAUGAGAUUGUGCGUUUGGCUCACACCCUGAGAAUCAAGGGUUGGAGGAGAGUCCCCUUGGACAGUGGCAAUAACGUCUUGGUGCAACGUCUUAGCGGAGCCUUGACCAACGCCGUCUACGUCGUCUCUCCCCCCGAAGACCUCGAGGAAGUACCCGGCAAGAAGCCCCCGCCAAAGCUCCUUCUGCGUAUCUACGGACUGGAAGCCCUCAUCGAUCGCGAGAACGAGCUCAGCGUGCUCCGGCGACUGGCACGGAAGAAGAUUGGCCCGAGGCUCCUCGGGUGCUUCACCAACGGCCGUUUCGAGGAGUACUUCAACUCCAUCACCCUCACCCCCAACGACCUGCGCGAUCCCGAUACGUCCAAGCAGAUUGCUAAGCGCAUGCGGGAGCUCCACUUUGGCAUCGACGUCUUGGAAAGGGAAAAGGACGAGGGUCCCGCGGUGCUCAAGAACUGGGAUGCCUGGCUUGGCAACGUCGAGAAGAAGAUUUGUGCUCUCGACGAGGGCGUACGGAACGGCAACUGCGUCUUCCGCGAUCGCGGUUACGUAUGCGGUGUGGAGUGGAAGCAGUUCAAGGAGCUCUACGACAAGUAUCGUGAGCUGGCUCUCAGCGCCUACAAGGGCCACGCCAUCCGCGAGCGUCUCGUCUUUGCCCACAACGACACCCAAUACGGCAACAUUCUCCGCAUGCGCCCCGAAGACGAGAAAUCCCCCCUCCUCAAGCCAGCAAACGAGCACAAGCAGCUCGUCGUCAUCGACUUCGAGUACGCCGCCGCCAACGUCCCGGGCCUCGAAUUCGCAAACCACUUUACAGAAUGGUCCUACAACUACCACCACGAGUCCCUCCCCUUCGUCUGCAACACGGCAGUCUACCCGACCAUCCAAGAACAGCGCCGCUUCCUCAAAGCCUACGUCGAGCACCGCCCGCAAUACACCCACGGCGGCGCCUCCACGCCCCGCCUCACCCCCGUCCCCGUCGACGGCAGCGGCAGCACCGGCGCCAGCACUCCCGCCCUCCUGCCCACCUCCUCCUCGUCCUCCAUUGUCGAAUUCAUGCUCGACGCCCGCGUGCCGCCCAACCACUGGAAAGAAGAAGAGCGCCGCGCAGAGGAAGCAGUCGAGGCCGAGAUCAAGGAACUCUACGAAGAAACUCGCCUCUGGCGCGGCAUCAACAGCGCGCAGUGGGUCGCGUGGGGCGUCGUCCAGGCUAAAGUCCCCGGCUUCGAGUCCCAGGAGGAAAUCGAGCAGCAGGAGAAACAGGCGCAGAACGAGGCUGCCGCGGCGGCGGGCGACGCGGACGCCAAGGCCGAGGUCCAGGCUGCUGCGGAGGACGAAGGGGAUGAAUAUGAUUACCUGGGCUACGCGCAGGAGCGCGCCUUCUUCUUCUUGGGCGACUGUGUGCUCAUGGGGAUUGUGAAGAGGGAGGAGUUACCUGAGGAUGUGCAGGCCCGGCUCAAGAUUGUGGAUUACUGA